AUGGACUCAACAAUGGAGAAGCAGACCAUCGACUCAGAGAAUCAGGUGACGGCUGAACACCCUUCACGGCGUUCGUCUACACUUGUGUCAAGUUCAGACCGAAGUGACGUGGAUCUCGCCAACCACGAUGCCAAAGCUGGUGUCACUGAUGAAUAUCCGCAUGGUGCCCGCCUAGCUGCUGUUAUGCUUUCACUCAUGUUGGGAAUGUUUUUGGUGGCACUUGACAACACUAUUCUCGGCACGGCCAUUCCUAAAAUAACGGACGAAUUUCAUGACCUGAACAAAGUGUCGUGGUAUGGAGCAGCCUAUUUGAUGACAUAUGGCAGUGGCUUCCAAUCAACAUGGGGCAAGUUUUAUAAGUACUUUCCGAUCAAGCUUUGGUUUCUCGUUGCCGUAUUCAUUUUUGAAUUGGGCAGCCUCAUCUGCGCCGUGGCGAAAGACCCUACAACUCUCAUAGUCGGCCGGGCUAUCGCCGGCUUUGGCGGAGCUGGAGUUGGCGUGGGAAUCUUCACCAUUAUCGGGUUUGCUGCGCCGCCUGACAAACGUCCGCAGCUUUUGGGAUUCACCGGAGCAACCUACGGUAUCGCCGCAGUCUUGGGGCCGCUCAUCGGCGGCGCCUUCACUGAUAAAGUAUCAUGGCGCUGGUGCUUCUACAUUAAUUUGCCCAUCGGGGGACUAGCGGCCGGGACGAUCUUCCUUCUCUUCAAGACCCCAAGUAGCGCAGCCCCGGCAAAGGCUACACCCAAAGAGAAGUUGUUGCAGAUGGAUCUUGGCGGCGGAGCCCUCAUGAUGGGAUUGAUCGUUUCAUUUCUGCUGGCGCUGCAGUAUGGCGGUCAAACCCAUUCCUGGAAGAGCAGCGAGGUUAUAGGAUUGCUGGUCGGCUUCUUCCUGAUGGUCGUGGCCUUUGUGGCCUGGGAAAUAUACCAAAAGGAACGUGCGAUGAUUGUUCCACGGCUGUUCAUGAAACGUUACAUUUCUGUGGGCUCCGUGUUCAUGUUCUUCUUCGGUGGCGCCUAUUUCAUUAUCCUUUACUUUCUUCCGAUCUAUUUCCAGAGCGUUUAUAACAGCAGCCCAAUCGGGUCUGGUGUCAAAAUGCUCGCACUUAUCAUCCCAUUGACUCUCGCUGCCAUCGUGCAGGGAUUCGCGCUAUCCAAAGUUGGCAUCGUACCCCUAUUCUGGAUUAUAGGUGGUGUGUUGGGAACCGUCGGCUGUGGCCUAUUCUAUACUUUUGAUAUUGGAACAUCUACUGGCAAGUGGAUCGGAUACCAGAUUCUUGUUGGCUUCAGCGCGGGCUGGACAUUCCAGAUUGCCAUGUCAAACGCUCAAGUCCAUGCCUCACCGGAGGACAUGUCGCAGGCGACAGCUAUCGUCAAUUUCUUCACAACCGUUGGCGGGGCCUUCUUCCUUUCAGCAGCGCAGUGUGUCUUUAACAAUCAGCUGAUUCAAACAGUCACCAGAAGACUCCCCGAACUCGACCCUGCGGUAGUUAUUGGGACCGGUGCAACUCAGGUCCGCAAAGUUUUCACGGCCUCUCAAGUUAUCAUUAUCAUUGAUGCCUACAUGGUUGGUCUGAAAGCUGUAUUUGCGAUUACUGUCGCCGCAUAUGGUGUCGCCACUGUCACUGGCUUCUUUGGAAGCUGGAAGAAGAUCAACGGCCAGGAACUGAAGAAGGCGGCUGGUGGAGCUGCAUGA